AUGGCUCAGAAUUCUCAACAUGCUCAUAUUUUGGAUAGUGAAGAUGAGAUUAUUGAUGCCAUAAUUCCUCCAAUUUCACAGGAUGGUGUUGGUGAAUUUUUAGUUGGCAGUUCUCAAAAUGCAAAUGAUAAAGUAGUUAAUUCUGGAAAAUUCCAUAUUCUCCAGAACACUUCUGAGGAAAUCUUGAACUCUCUCAAUGCAUUUCCAGUUUUAUCUGCAUCAAUGGUUUUGGAAGUGUCUUCAAGUGCUCCUUCUAUCAAUGAAGUUAUCACAAUAAUACCUCAUCUGAGUAAAAAUGGCUCAAAUGUAGAAACUACUCAAGUCAAGCAGAAAACAGGUACAAAUGUGACAACCCGAAAACAAGCUGCAAGUUUAGUUACAACAUUGAGUAAAAAUGGGAACCUGAGAAGAGAGCCAAAAAUAAGAUAUUCUACAGACUUCAUCAAAAAAUUGAAGUUACCCGGUAUGCAUUAUGCAAUACAUAAUUCUAUUGAAGUGAAUAAAGGUAAUAUUUGGAUUCUUUGGAGUGCUUCAAUAAAACCUCCAACUAUGAUUUCAUGCACAAGACAGGAAAUAACAAUUGCAGUUGGUGAUACUUUAAUUACUGGAGUUCAUGCUGCAUCUUUAACUGUAGAUAGAAGAGAACUGUGGAAUGAUAUGGAAGAAAUAAAUUAUUUAAAUAAAAUAUGGCUGGUAAUUGGAGACUUUAAUGUGGUUACUUGCCAUGAUGAAAAGGUAGGUGGGUUAAAACCAUUGAAAUUCUCAAUGUUGGAGUUUAAUAAUUGCUUAAAUAAAUGUGGUCUGAUUCAAUCACCAAAAACUGGAUUAGAAUUUUCUUGGUGCAAUAACAGAGAUGGAAGGAAAAGAAUUGUUUGCAAUCUUGACAGGGUUGUAUUUAAUGACAAAUGGUUAGAAGUAUUUCCAAAUUGGGGUUACGAAGUUGGUGCAAGGGGCAUUUCUGAUCAUGGGAUUUUGUAUGGAGCUAGUGCUGAUAUUUCAAAGCCAAAGAAUGUUCCUUUCAGAGCAUUAAAGGUAUGGAAAACUCAUCCUUCUUUUAAACAAGUUAUCAUUGAUUCUUGGAGUUCAGAUAUUAUGGGAAAUCCAGAGGAAGAUGUUUUGAAAGCAACCAUUUUAUCUGACAGAAAUCCUUUGGAUUUACAUCUUUUCAAUAACAUUGUUACAUUAAGAGGGAAACAGGAGAUAUUAUUAGAUCAACAGAAGGAAAUCAUUCGGAAAAAAUCAAGAGUGAAAUGGUUAAAAAAUGGAGCUGCUAAUACAAGAUUUUUUCAUGUUAAUCUCAAGAUAAGGCAAGCUCAAAAUGCAAUAGUGGAAUUAGAAAAACUGGAAGGUGGUAUUACUUCUAACCAAGAGGAAAUUGCUGACAUCUUAGUCAAGAAUUUUGAAGAUAAAUUUUCAUAUCAGGAAGUCACUUUUGAUAAUAACCUUUUUAAUGAUAUUCCUGAUGUGGUGAAUGAAUAUGAUAAUUCUAUACUUGAAGAUACUCCAAAAGCAGAGGAAAUUAAAGAAGCAGUAUUUGAUCUAAAUCCAGAUAGUGCCCCUGGCCCAGAUGGCUUUGCUGGAUGGUUCUAUAGAGAAGUAUGGGAGAUUAUUGGCAAUGACUUUAUAAGAGCAAUCCAGUUUUGGUGGAGCAGAGGUUUCAAACCUAAUAUCUUAAAUGCUAAUUUUUACUUCUUCCAAAAGUUAAAAAUGCUAAAAGAGCAAACAAAUUUAGACCAAUUGGAUUAA